GCAGCUCUCCCGGGUCCGUGCUUUUCCCUCCCACCCUCCCAUUGGGCUGUCCCCAGCUGUCCCUGGUCCUCUCCUUUCCAGACCCAGAGAUCCGGCCCCGGAACGGUCAGGGCCCUGCCUCUCGCUUGCACGGUCCCUGGAGACAACGCAGGGGGCUCAGAGCGAGGGGUCCCCGCUGGGGAAGUUUCUGGGAGGGAAGGAGCCCUCCGAGUAGGCGGAGGGAGCCCCGUACCGAGGAUUUGUUCCUGCGCUGCGCUCUGCAGGGGUCUGGAGGGGUGAGGGGGUCUGUAAUGCAGCAUUUGGCUCCUGCGCUGGUUGAAUGCAUUGUGUUCCCUGCGGCGCCAGGGAGCCCCCCCUUUUCAGCCUGUGGUCCUUGUGACCCCCAGAGGUGGUCUGGAGAUCCCUUUACAGGACAGUCCCACGUUUUGGGACAUGAACUUGGUACCUGCAGCCCCAGAUGAGCGAGUGUUAAGCAUAGGUGCCACUCCGUGGGUGGCAGGUGUGUUAAGGGUGAGAUGCACAGAUGGCACAGGAAGGGUUACAGUCAGAGCAGCCCUUGAAAGUACAUCCCGUCCCUGCCUUCUUCAUCUCCGUCUUGUUCUGCGUGACCCGUAUUCCUGACCGCCCCCCCCACUGGAAGAUGAGCUUUGAAAUAAGGUGAUGUCAUUGUGGGCCAGUCAGAAGGCUCUGCGGGUGACAGGUGACAAGCGGAGGGUGCUGCACGUGGGCUGUGGGGCUGGGAGGCUGCGGCAGAGCACGAGCAGGGUGAUCCCCUGGCUUGCCACCCACCCCACCCCCAGAUCGGCAGGAGGGCAGUGGCUAGGCCUGCAGGGGUUCCUCUUUGUCCGCAGCUGCUGCUCUGGGGAUCCCUGAAGCUAAGGUGUUAAUUAAAGGGAUGGGGGAGGGGAACUGAGUGCCCCAGCAGAAGACCUUGACACUGCUGGUCUUGUCCUGUGAAUGAAUGCCUGCGGAGCCAAAAGGCCAGAAGAAGAAAGGCGGGCUCGAGCCAACGACCGGGAAUACAACGAGAAAUUCCAGUAUGCGAGUAACUGCAUCAAGACCUCCAAGUACAACAUCCUCACCUUCCUGCCUGUCAACCUCUUCGAGCAGUUCCAGGAAGUUGCCAAUACCUACUUCCUGUUCCUUCUCAUUCUGCAGUUGAUCCCGCAGGUGUCCUCCCUGUCCUGGUUCACCACCAUCGUGCCUUUGGUUCUCGUCCUCGCCAUCACGGCUGUUAAAGACGCCACCGAUGACUAUUUCCGCCACAAGAGUGAUAACCAGGUGAAUAACCGGCAGUCCCAAGUGCUGAUCCGUGGGAGCCUCCAGCAAGAGCCAUGGAUGAACGUCUGUGUUGGUGAUAUCAUCAAGCUGGAAAAUAAUCAGUUUGUGGCGGCGGAUCUCCUCCUCCUUUCCAGCAGUGAGCCCCACGGCCUGUGUUACAUAGAGACAGCAGAACUCGACGGGGAGACGAACAUGAAAGUGCGCCAGGCGAUCCCAGUCACCUCGGAGCUGCGAGACAUCAGUAGGCUCGCCAAGUUUGACGGGGAGGUGGUCUGCGAGCCGCCCAACAACAAGCUGGACAGGUUCAGCGGGACGCUGUACUGGAAGGAGAGCAAGUUCCCGCUGAGCAACCAGAACAUGCUGCUGCGGGGCUGCGUGCUGCGCAACACCGAGUGGUGCUUCGGCCUGGUGGUGUUCGCGGGUCCCGACACGAAGCUGAUGCAGAACAGCGGCAGGACCAAGUUCAAGAGAACCAGCAUUGACCGCCUGAUGAAUACGCUGGUGCUCUGGAUUUUCGGGUUCCUGGUCUGCAUGGGGGUGAUCCUGGCCAUCGGCAAUGCCAUCUGGGAGCAUGAGGUUGGAACGCGCUUCCAGGCCUACCUGCCCUGGGAUGAGGCGGUGGACAGUGCCUUCUUCUCCGGCUUCCUCUCCUUCUGGUCCUACAUCAUCAUCCUCAACACCGUUGUGCCCAUAUCGCUGUACGUCAGGUUCUGUGCCCAGGUGUCCGUCCGUCCGUCCUGUCUGCCCCCAGGCGGGGGGGGCCUGCCGCGGAGGCCCGUGCGGGUGGGUCCCGUCCGCGGCUCCCUGCCCGAGCCUGACCUCCUGUCCCCGUGCAGCGUGGAGGUCAUCCGCCUGGGCCACAGCUACUUCAUCAACUGGGACAAGAAGAUGUUCUGCGCGAAGAAGCGGACGCCCGCGGAGGCCCGCACCACCACCCUGAGCGAGGAGCUGGGCCAGGUGGAGUACGUCUUCUCCGACAAGACUGGCACGCUCACGCAGAACGUCAUGGCCUUCAGCAAGUGCUCCGUCAGCGGCCGCAGCUACGGGGACGUGUUGGAUGUCCUGGGACACAAAGCCGAACUGGGAGAGAGGCCAGAGCCUGUGGACUUCUCCUCCAACCCUCUGGCUGACAAGCAGUUCGUCUUCUGGGACUCCAGCCUCCUGCAGGCCGUUAAGACGGGCGACCCCCACGCGCACGAGUUCUUCCGCCUCCUUUCCCUGUGUCACACCGUCAUGUCUGAAGAAAAGACCGAAGGCGAGCUGUACUACAAGGCGCAGUCCCCGGACGAGGGCGCCCUGGUCACCGCAGCCAGGAACUUCGGUUUUGUGUUCCGCGCUCGCACUCCGCAAACCAUCACCGUGCACGAGAUGGGCACAGCCGUCACCUACCAGCUGCUGGCCAUCCUGGACUUCAACAACGUCCGCAAGCGGAUGUCUGUCAUCGUGCGGAAUCCAGAAGGGAGGAUCCGACUCUACUGCAAAGGGGCCGACACUAUCCUGCUGGACAGGUUGCACCCCUCCCCCCAGGAGCUGCUCAGCACCACCACGGACCACCUGAAUGAGUAUGCCGGGGAAGGGCUGCGGACCCUGGUCCUGGCGUACAAGGACCUGGACGAAGAGUACUACGGGGGCUGGGCCCAGAGACGGCUCCAGGCCAGCCUGGCCCAGGACAGCCGGGAGGACAGGCUGGCCAGCGUGUACGAGGAGGUGGAGAGCGACAUGGUGCUGCUGGGUGCGACAGCCAUCGAGGACAAGCUUCAGCAGGGGGUUCCGGAGACCAUCGCCCUCCUGACGUUGGCCAACAUCAAGAUCUGGGUGCUGACCGGGGAUAAGCAAGAAACGGCCGUGAACAUCGGCUAUUCCUGCAAGAUGUUGACGGACGACAUGGCAGAGGUGUUCAUCGUCACCGGCCACACCGUCCUGGAAGUGCGGGAGGAGCUCAGAAAAGCCCGGGAGAAGAUGCUGGACUCGCCCCACGCGGUGGGGAACGGCUUCACCUGCCCGGAGAAGCGCUCGUCUGCCAAGCUCCCUUCUGUCCUGGAGGCCGUUGCCGGGGAGUACGCCCUGGUCAUCAAUGGGCACAGCCUGGCCCACGCGCUGGAGGCGGACAUGGAGCUGGAGUUCCUGGAGACAGCCUGUGCCUGCAGAGCCGUCAUCUGCUGCCGCGUGACCCCUUUGCAGAAGGCACAGGUGGUGGAGUUGGUUAAGAAACACAAGAAAGCUGUGACGCUGGCCAUCGGGGACGGAGCCAACGACGUCAGCAUGAUCAAGACGGCUCACAUCGGCGUGGGCAUCAGUGGCCAGGAGGGCAUCCAGGCUGUGCUGGCCUCCGACUACUCCUUCUCCCAGUUCAAGUUCCUGCAGCGCCUCCUGCUGGUGCACGGCCGCUGGUCCUACCUGCGCAUGUGCAAGUUCCUCUGCUAUUUCUUCUACAAGAACUUCGCCUUCACCAUGGUCCACUUCUGGUUUGGCUUCUUCUGCGGCUUCUCCGCCCAGACCGUCUACGAUCAGUAUUUUAUCACGCUUUACAACAUUGUGUACACCUCCCUCCCGGUCCUAGCCAUGGGGGUCUUCGACCAGGACGUCCCGGAGCAGCGGAGCAUGGAGUACCCCAAGCUGUACGAGCCAGGCCAGCUGAACCUCCUCUUCAACAAGCGGGAGUUCUUCAUCUGCAUCGCGCAGGGCAUCUACACGUCCGUGCUCGUGUUCUUUAUCCCGUACGGGGUGUUGGCCGAGGCCACGCGGGGCGACGGCAGCCAGCUGGCCGACUACCAGUCCUUCGCUGUCACCGUGGCCACGUCCCUGGUCAUCGUGGUCAGCGUGCAGAUCGGGCUGGACACCGGCUACUGGACCGCCAUCAACCACUUCUUCAUCUGGGGCAGCCUGGCCGUCUACUUCGCCAUCCUCUUUGCCAUGCACAGCAACGGGCUCUUCGACAUGUUUCCAAACCAGUUCCGGUUUGUGGGCAACGCCCAGAACACUCUGGCGCAGCCGACGGUGUGGCUGACCAUCACACUCACCACGGCUGUCUGCGUCAUGCCCGUGGUCGCCUUCCGAUUCCUCAAGCUGAGCCUGAAGCCGGAUCUCUCAGACACAGUGCGCUACAGCCAGCUGGUGAGGAAGAAGCAGAAGGCCCAGCACCGCUGCCUGCGCCGCGUGGGCCGCACCAGCUCCCGCCGCUCGGGCUACGCCUUCUCGCACCAGGAAGGCUUCGGGGAGCUCAUCAUGUCGGGCAAGAACAUGCGGCUCAGCUCCCUGGCGCUGGCCGGCUUCGGCGCGCGCUCCGGCUCCGGCUGGCUCGAGGGCCUGCGGCGCAAGAAGAGCGACAGCGCGGGCAGCCCCAGCGCGGGGCCUCCCAAGCCCCUCAGGGGUUAGGGCUGCUCCGGGGGCGCCCCGCACCCUCCCCGCGGCUCUGUCCCGCGCGCGCACCUGCGGUGGCCACGGGCGGCCACCUGCGGCCAGGCGCGGGGUUGGGGGGGGCCGCGGGGCCGCGCGCGGGCCCCAGGGAAGGGUCCGACGUGGAACCAAAAAGUGAAGAAGUUGAGAUUGGGUCUGCCCCAGCCCUGCGCGCAUCCCGCAGGCAGACUACAAUCUCGGUAUUUUUUUACUCCCACUCCCCAGAGGGGGCCGAGAGCCUCUGUUCCUGAAGUACACAAGAAUGUAUCACGCCGGGAAGCCAGAGAUCUGCUGCGGCCCACGGGCCCUGCACGUUGUGUGUGUCUCUCCUUGAUUGUGUUUGUGUCCAGUUCGGGUUUGUGUUUCUUAUUUGGCAGGAAAGGGGGUUUCUGAGUGACUUCUGUGUUGUGGGAACAGGAGGCCGGCCCCCAGGGGUGCCCUGGCUGGCUGGGCGGCGGGGGGGGGGGGAUCCGGAGGAACCAGCGCUCAGGGAGGAAGGCACCCGUCUGCCCGAGGGGUGCACAGAGCACGGAGGAGGAUUUGGGGCCGUCUCCUUCCCUCACCUUGAGAGGGAUGUGCUCCUUCCUCCCCCAACACACGUGUCUGUUCCUGGUCCGUAAGUCCUGCUGGUGUUGGGCUGAGCCCGGGUGCACAGUCCUGUCAUGUCUGACCUAAGGCCGAUGUGAGAUGUAGUCCAGAAAAAGAUUUCUGUCGUUUUAAAUUUUGACCCGAGUUCGUUAGCAGAGUCCUGCCUGUCUUCCUCUUGCAUCAUCGAGCAUUUUCCUGCAUCUACACCUGGGACCAGAGACGGGUCUGAAAGGGGAAGUCGACUUCUGCUUCUCCCUUCUUGUACAUGGGGGGUCCCUCCCCUCCAGGCCCAGCAAGAGGUGUAGAGGAGUAGGAGGGCUGGACCAGCCGGCGGGGGGCAGCGGUGCCGGGCUGGGCCUGGGCGUGUCUGUCCCUCCUUCCCACCAUCCGCACCCCACAUCGGGCUUCUGGGGUGGUUGCUCCCAGUUCAGUCUCGGUAGUGGAGCGGUUGCCGAGGGCUGGUGUGGGGUUGGGAAGGGCCCUCCGGUCUCACUCAGUGUGGCAGCCUCAAGGGAGGUGGGCUGGGCAGGGACCAAGGGGAGGGGAAGCUCAACAGGGAAAUCCCUUUUGGCCACACAGUUUACAAACCCAACAUCAUGUCUGUUUGCGUGUCUCUCAAGGUGAGAGUCUGAUUUUUAUACCAAAGAGGAAAUGAUUUUUUUUUCAUAUUUGAUUUGUCUAUAUUAUAUAAAUAUAUAUAUAUAUACAGUUAUAUAUAUAUUAUUUUUUUGGUUCUCUCUCGUUUUUUUAGGGAGGGAAGCAGUACCAAGUUGCAUUGAGCUGUAAUUAAGGAACAUUCUGUAUAAUUUAUGACACAUUUCUAUACUUGCAAGAAUUAUAUCAUUUUAUGGACAUAAGAGAAAAAAAUGCCUUUUUAUAAAAUUCCAAUUUCCGA